CAUGUUCACCCCCCCUCCUCUCCCAUUCAUCAGGCGUGGACUGUGUUGUCUUUUCAAUUCAUUUAUCUACAGGAAUGAUUGCGACUAUCAGUCUAGAGCUCACCGCCAGACUAGGGAGGUGAAAGUUUCGCCACAGGAAGAUAAACCGCAAAAGACAAAAUUGUACAUGAUUUGCGUGUGCAUCGAAUGAGAGUUAGUGUGGGGGAAAUUCCUCUCCGGUUUUAGGUCAAAAGAACAUCGGUGGAUUUCAGUUUUUACUCAGCUCAGUAGAUUUUUUUUUUUGCAGGGAGAGAAAGAGAGAGAGAGGUAUAGCGGUGAGAAGAAUAUCUGUGCUUGAUUUUUGUUUCUGCUCUCACUCGCUUCAGCAAGUGUUAACUGUAGGAAGAUGCUUCUGGACGCUGGACCUCAGUACCCGGCCAUUGGCGUCACUACAUUCGGCUCCUCGCGGCAUCACUCAACAGGCGAAGUCACUGAAAGAGAAGUUGCUUUGGGGAUAAAUCCGUUCGCAGACGGGAUGGGCGCUUUUAAAAUCAACCACAGCUCUCACGACCUAGGCUCCGGCCAAACGGCGUUCUCCUCACAAGCACCUGGCUACGCCGCCGCAGCACUGGGUCACCACCACCACCCGACACACGUUAGCUCGUACUCCACCGCAGCGUUCAACUCAACCCGGGACUUUCUCUUCAGAAACCGGGGCUUCGGGGACGCGGCCAGCGCGCAGCACAGCCUCUUCGCCUCAGCAGCGGGAAGUUUUGCUGGACCACACGGACACUCAGAUACCGCGGGGCACCUGCUCUUCCCGGGACUUCACGAGCAAGCCGCGAGCCAUGCGUCCUCGAAUGUAGUCAACAGCCAGAUGCGACUGGGCUUUACCGGGGACAUGUACGGCCGGGCUGACCAGUAUGGCCACGUUACCAGCCCCCGCUCCGACCACUAUGCAUCCACCCAGCUCCACGGCUACGGCCCCAUGAACAUGAAUAUGGCGGCUCAUCACGGAGCUGGGGCCUUCUUCAGAUACAUGAGGCAGCCGAUCAAACAAGAGCUCAUCUGCAAAUGGGUCGAACCGGAGCAGUUGUCGAACCCCAAGAAGUCCUGCAACAAAACGUUCAGCACGAUGCACGAGCUGGUGACCCAUCUUACGGUGGAGCACGUCGGUGGACCGGAGCAGUCGAACCAUAUCUGUUUUUGGGAAGAGUGUGUCCGAGAAGGAAAACCAUUUAAAGCCAAGUACAAACUUGUAAAUCACAUCAGAGUGCACACUGGAGAAAAACCAUUCCCAUGUCCAUUCCCCGGUUGUGGCAAAGUGUUUGCCCGAUCGGAAAAUCUUAAAAUCCACAAAAGGACCCACACUGGUGAAAAACCUUUCAAGUGUGAGUUUGACGGCUGUGACAGGCGGUUUGCCAACAGUAGCGACCGGAAGAAACACAUGCAUGUCCAUACUUCGGACAAGCCCUAUCUCUGCAAGAUGUGUGACAAGUCCUAUACACAUCCCAGCUCUCUGCGGAAACACAUGAAGGUUCACGAAUCGACCACGCAAGGACCCCAACCGUCGCCAGCGGCCAGUUCCGGGUACGAGUCGUCCACGCCGCCCACCAUCGUGUCCCCGUCGACAGAGAACCAGAGUUCCAGUUCCAUAUCACCAGCAGCCUCGUCAGUGCACCAUACGACCAGUCACACUACGCUGUCGUCAAAUUUUAAUGAAUGGUACGUGUAAAAAAUAUUUUCACAAAGACUGCAGAAAUAGGACUGCUUGGAAUCAAAGACUUUUAAAGUCAGCCUAUAACGCGUGGACCGAGAAAAAAAAACGAGGAAGCCCAAACUGUUGGUUUAUACGACUAAAGAGAGAGACAGAGCAUGGACAUGGUACGAGACAGCUACCAAGUUAACGGUUUUACCCCCUUUCUUUUCCCCUCUUUUUUUGAAAGACUGCACACAAGAGAUCUCAAUGCAUGCUAUCGGCAGGUUAUGGCCUGAUUUUUUUGUACAUACAAAAUCACAAUUCAGAAAUGUAAUAUUUUAUUUUGUAAAUAGUUAUAUUACAGUUUAAGGGAAUUUGUGAAAAUGUGGUCCCUAGAUAUAUGGAAAAUGAGAUGGUUUUAACAAUAAUAUUGCGAUGAAUAGUGUUGAUUGAACAUAAUGUUCUAGUUGAUGUGUACCAAAUGUGAAUUACUCAGUAUAACUACGGUCUCCACUAUGUCGACCUAACCGACUAUUAGUCUAUUAAUGUGAUUUUGUAUUCGGUGCAACAUUUCGUCUACGGUCCAGUUUGAGUAGCACAGUAAGUUACCAUUGUUGUUAUUUAAUGUCAUGUCGAUAAAUCGUGUAGUGAAAGCCUGAAACUCCGUGUCAAUCUGUUUAUGUACGUGAUAAAAUAUAAAAAACGGUUUGUCCAUUACCUUGAUAAUGUCAAGGAAGUAUUAUCUACAUGUAAAUAGCUCGAUUUUCCAAAUUUAUCCGCAUGUAAAGGACCGGCAACACAUGUUAGAAAUGAUCGGUAUUUAUGGAGAAAUGCGCUCAUAUGUAAAAUUUAGUUUACAAAAAAUGUUUGGUUACAUUUCGUACUACAUUAAAGGAUUAAAAAAUUAAAAA